AUGUCAAUGCUGAGUUCUCAAUGGGUGGAUUCACAAUCCUCACCCGUAAGCCCAUCAUCAUAUCAUCAAGUUCGGGAGGAUCCGUCAAAUAUGCCAGUAGAGGCAGAUUCUCUGGAAUACGAAGUGGACAUGAUUGCUGAGCAACAAUUUCCGCAAGUAGAAACUUCUGAUGAUGGAACUUACGUCACCGAAGAUAGCGAUAUCUCACAACCGGACAGUAAUUCAAAUGCACAGGAGGAAGAUCAACCAACUAUGGAAGGGGAUGACUACGAUUCAUCAGGAGAUUCCCCUAUACCGGAAAGACCAAACAGAUACCUUGGCCCUCCAUCAACAUGGCGUGCGAAGACGCGACAGGAAAGGAACGAAAUAAGUUCUUUGGAAGCGCUCCGUGCCAGAGAUCUAUCUGUUCAUCUAUUCAACGCGUUCGCACUCAAAAGGAGAGCGAUAGCAAUCAAGGCUCAAAAGCCAGAGCAAGAUCAAAAGCAACGGUCUAACGACGAAGAAGACGAGUGGCUAUCGUCGAAAUUCAUGCCGACGAAGCAGUGGACUGCAUGGCCUCUACAUGCAGACGAGGUGCCAAGAGGAGAUUCACAUGUACUGAAAGACGACUCUGACAUCUGGAAUGUGGCCGGUCCAUCCGACGGACGUCCUAGUGCAGAGCUAGAAGAGUGCCUCAUGGCCCAGAUGUUGAAAACUGCUAAGGAAAGGUUCGAAGCGCGAGCGUGGGACAACAGAAGGCCUCGUGCUCGCCAGAGGUCCAAAGGAAUGGCUUCUACAACUGAUACGGGGGGUGCCAUAAGCACGGGUAUGGAAGAAUCUGAUGACGAUGUUGGCAUACAUGCAGAACCUCAACUCCGGCCGGUCGUCCAGGCGGAUGAUGACAAGUCGAGAUCGAUACUCCGGCCAACAGCACGGCACAUUCUCAGCGACUUUGAUAAUAUCCUUAUGAGCUUACAUCACGCCCGACAAGCCUAUGUCUCAACUAUAGAUUUAUCUCAGAGCGAACAUGAAACGGAAGCUCAGGAGGAGUUAACUUCGAGACCCGUGUCAAGAUCGCGCGCUGUAUCGCUCAGCAGCAUGUCGGGCUCCCGAAGAAUAAAACGAUCACGCCAUUUGUCUUUGAGCAGGGACCCUCCCGCUACAUCGGACCAUGAAGGAAACAUCGAACUAUCCGAUGCGUCUAAUCGUAAAUCACGUGUGUCGAAUCGCCAACGGACAAGGUCGGGUACUCCUCGGCGCUCCCGCAGCCGAUCUCCUGGUUCUAGAGAAUCCAAAUUGGGCCUACGGGAUUGGAGUGAUAUUGUUGGUAUUGCUUCAAUCUCCGGGUGGCCAGCAUCGGUUGUUAUGCGAACGGCGAAGCGCUGCUCCGAACUAUUUAAGGAAGAUAUGGCAUUCAGAAAGCUAAACGAAGGCCAACUGGAACUAAACGAAGGGAAUGAAAAUCGCUUGCCUACGUGGGACUAUGUUGAGGAGGAAGGAUCGGGGGAGUCUAGAUCAGAUUUUGAAAUUCAUAACAUUACCAGCCGUUCCCGGAAAAGAGGACAGGGCUACGGUUGGGAGAUUAACUGUCCCGUGAAAGGCUGUUCUCGCUCGACGAAAGGGUUUUCAAGGACUUGGAACUUAAACCAGCACAUAAAAAAUAAACAUCCUAGUCUUGCCCUUAAAGGUCGUCCAAGCAAGUCCGCACCGCUAACUAAAGAAUCUAAGUGA